ACUUUUGUUCAAUUUGAUAAUGAGUCAUUAUAUGAGGCAUGGGAAAGAUUUAAGGAAUUGCUUAGGCAAUGUCCAAAUCAUGGUUUACCUGUUUGGCUCCAAGUGCAGACUUUUUAUAAUGGUAUGACUACUUCUAAUCGUUCUAUAAUUGAUGCAACUGCAGGGGGUAAUCUUAUGAAUAAGACAGAGGAGGAUGGUUAUAAGCUGUUAGAUGAAAUGGCCUCUAAUAGCUAUCAAUGGACUAAUGAUAGACCUACCAAAAAGGGAGUUGGUUUACAUAAUGUUGAUGCUUUUACUUCUUUAUCUGCUCAAAUUUCUGCUUUGAAUAAAAAGUUAGAUAAUUUAGGAGCAUCAGCAAUGAGUAUUUCAUCUAAUAGUUGCUGUGAAUUGUGUGGGCAAUUUGGUCAUGCUAGUGUUGAAUGUCAAGUAGGUAAUUCAGUUCAAUCUUCUAAUGAGCAAGCUAAUUUUGUUUCUUCUGGUGGUAGGUCUAAUUUUAAUCCAUACUCCAAUACCUACAAUCCAGGAUGGAGGAGCCAUCCUAAUUUUUCAUGGAGUAAUAAUCAAGUGAGAGCACCACCCGGUUUUCAACAACAAAAUCAACAAGAAAAGAAGCCAAAUUUGGAGGAGUUGGUGCACAAAUUUGUUAGUAGUACAGAAGCACGGUUUCAAAAUCAAGAAAGAAGGUUUCAAAAUCAAGAUGCUGCUAUUCGGAAUAUAGAAACGCAACUUGGACAGAUUGCUGAUAUGGUUUCUGGAAGGAUUCAAGGGGGUUUGCCAAGCAAUAGUGAAAAGAAUCCAAGGGAGCAAUUGAAGGCUAUCACUUUGAGGAGUGGGAAAGAACUUAAAGAGGUAGGACAAUCUAAUGGGAAAGAAGAAGGUGUGGAAGCUAGUGAAUCAAAGCAAGAGGAGGAGCCUAAAAGACUUUUUCAUGAUCCGAAUGUCAAGCCUUAUAAGCCGAAAAUUCCUUUUCCCCAAAGAUUUUUGCAAGCUAAUUUAGACAAGCAGUUUUCUAAAUUUUUAGAGGUGUUUAAAAAGUUACAUAUUAAUAUUCCUCUUAUUGAUGCUAUUUCGCAGAUGCCAAGCUAUGCAAAAUUCUUGAAGGAAAUCCUUGCCAAUAAAAGGAAGUUAGAGGAGUUCGAGAUGGUGAAGUUAAAUGAAGAAUGCUCUGCUAUUCUUCAGAAUAAGUUACCUCCUAAGUUGAAGGAUCCAGGGAGUUUUUCUAUUCCUUGUAUUAUUGGUAAUAUUAAUUUUGAUAAGGCUUUGUGUGAUUUGGGUGCUAGCAUUAAUUUGAUGCCUUUUCAUGUAUUUAGGAAACUUGGAUUAGGAGAACCUACACCUACCACAGUUUCUCUUCAAUUGGCAGAUAGGAGCAUUAAAUAUCCAAGAGGAGUGGUAGAAGAUGUUUUGGUAAAAGUUGACAAAUUUAUUUUUCCUGUUGAUUUUAUUGUUCUUGACAUGGAAGAGGAUUUUGAAAUGCCUUUAAUUCUUGGUAGACCAUUCCUUGCUACUGGUAGAUCGCUUAUUGAUGUUCAACAAGGGAAACUUAGCCUUAGAAUACAUGAUGAGGAGAUUGUUUUUAAUGUGUUUGAUGCUAUGAAAAAUUGUGAUCGUGAUGGUAGUGCUGUUUUAAGGAUUGAUGUGGUAGACACUGUAGUGGCUGAAAAUUUUAAUGCUUCUAGAUUAGAUGAUCCUAUUGAUAAUUGCAUUGUUAAUGCUUUGGAUAUGAAAGUUGAUAAUGCAACAAUAACAUUUUGGAGGCAGCAGCUAUUCUUGGGGAAAAAUGCCAUAGGCAGCCACAAAAAGGAGGGAAUUUUCUGCCCUUAGAUGCACCGUCCACUGUGACAGUCAAGCCAUCCAAAGAGGAGCCCCCUACUCUUGAAUUAAAACCUCUUCCUUCUCAAUUAAAACUAUGAGAUCGAGAGGUAAUUAGCUCACAUGUGGUAGUGGAGGAAGAGAAGAGAGUUAGUAGCUCCCCCUUCUUAAGCUAGAGGUUUCCAUAGAAUUUAAUGCUUAUUAGUUUGUUUAAAAUUACAUAGAGAUAUGAUUAAUUUAGCAAACAAAUGAAGGAUUAGCUUGACUUGAGAAAGCUGGUUAAUUAAUUUAGGGA